CGGGCGGAGGCCGGAAGGGGCGGGGCGAGGCGCGGCGGCGCUGGCGGUGGCGUGCCCCCCUUGGUCUGCUGCUGCUCGUCCCGGUCCCGGUCCCGCCCCGGUCCCGGCCCCGUCGGGAACUAUGUCCGAGGGAGUGGACCUGAUCGACAUCUACGCCGACGAGGAGUUCAACCAGGACUCUGAGUUCAGUAAUGCUGACCAGAUGGACCUGUACGACGACGUGCUCGCAGCCAGCUCGCAGCCCCCCGAAAGCCGCACCAGCAGCUCGGAGCCACCCCCCGAGAUCCGCCAGGAGCCGUCCCCCAAGCCCAACAACAAAUCCCCUGCCAUCCUGUACACCUACAGCGGGCUGCGCAACAAGAGAGCCGCCGUCUACGUGGGCAGCUUCUCCUGGUGGACGACGGACCAGCAGCUGAUCCAGACCAUCCGCUCGGUCGGCGUCUACGACGUGGUGGAGCUGAAGUUCGCAGAGAACCGGGCCAAUGGCCAGUCAAAAGGGUACGCGGAGGUGGUGGUUGCCUCUGAGAACUCGGUCCACAAGCUGCUGGAGCUCCUGCCCGGCAAAAUCCUCAACGGGGACAAGGUGGAGGUGAGGCUGGCCACCCGGCAGAACCUGUCACAGUUCGAGGCGCAGGCUCGCAAACGUGUGCCGCCGCGGGCCCACUCCCGGGACUCCAUGGACUCCGUGGAUGGCCGCGCCACGCCGACAGAGAACGCGCUGCCGCCCGCCCGUGUGGAGAAGCCCCCCUCCAUCCUGCCCUUCUUCAACCGCCCCCCCGCCGCCCUGCCCCUCAUGGGGCUGCCCCCGCCGCCCAUGCCGCCCCCGCCACCCCUCUCCUCCGGCUUCGGCGUCCCCCCGCCGCCACCCGGCAUCCACUACCAGCACCUCAUGCCCCCGCCGCCCCGACUGCCCCCCCACCUGGCCGUGCCGCCCCCGGGGGCUGUCCCCCCAGCCCUGCACCUCAACCCGGCCUUCUUCCCCCCGCCCAGCGCGGCCCUGGGUCCCCCGCCAGACACCUACGGCAAGGCCAUGGCCCCCUACAACCACAGCAGCCGGGAGCUGGGCCCGCCGCCACCCGCCGUGAGCGAGGUGGAGUUCGAGGAGAUCAUGAACAGGAACCGGGCCAUCUCCAGCAGCGCCAUUUCCAAGGCGGUGUCGGGCGCCAGCGCAGGUAAUGCUGACUGCGUCCCCCCCGUCCCCCCGCCCUGCCCCGACCCCGCGGCUCGCCUGCAUCCCUCAGCCCCGCUCCGCUCCCGCCCAGGCGACUACAGCGACGCCAUCGAGACCCUCCUCACGGCCAUCGCCGUCAUCAAGCAGUCCCGCGUCGCCAACGACGAGCGGUGCCGCGUCCUCCUCUCCUCCCUCAAAGACUGCCUGCAUGGGAUCGAAGCCAAGUCCUACAGCACAGGCGCCAGCAGCAGCUCCUCCAGGAAACGACACCGGUCUCGGGAGCGCUCUCCCAGCCGGUCCCGCGAGAGCAGCCGGCGGCACCGGGACCUGCUGCACAGCGAGGACCGGCACGAGGACUAUUUCCAGGAGCGGAACCGGGAGCACGAGCGGCAUCGGGACAGGGACAGAGAGAGGGACCGGCACCACUGAGACAGGAGUUCGGCAGUAAGUGGUUUUUAAUGGACUCGUAUCUCCUCACCUCGACCAGGACUGUGCCACCGAGGCCGCUCCACCCCCUGCCCCCUGCCCGCCGCCCCCGGCUCUCUCCGGGCACCCGAGGAAGGGCCGCGCUGCGCCCCGAGGAAGGGCCGCGCUGCGCCCCGCGGACUCCCUCCGACACCUCGUGGCCUUGGGGCCUGAGCCCUUGCCCGCACCCACCGCCGCUGCUGCUGCUUCCCGGGGAGAGGCUGGAAGCCGGGGAGCCUGGGGCAGCCCCGCUCCGCGGAUACUUGGACCCAAAGAGAAACGGUGCUUUUAUACCACGGAGGGAGGUUUGUGAGCCUUUUCCUCUCUGCAGCCCUUUGGGGGCGUCUGGAAGGGGACGGAUCCCCACCAGGCGCCUGCAGCGGGGGGGCUUGGAGGCGUGCAGCUCGCGCCCCGUGUCUGGUUUGGCCGGAGGAGGCGCAGGGAAGUUGUGCCUGGUCCCAGCCUCCCUCCGGCCGGCGGAGGGGAAGCGCAGCCCGGCCCCGCUCUCGCCUGCCCAGCUGGGGCGGGGGGCAGCGUGCUGGGGUGGGAGCCGGGCAGGGGUCGCCCCCUUCCCCUGCCCCGACUUUCCCAGCGGGAUCGCCGCCUCCGCGCACGUCUCCCGAAGCAGCGCAGCUCUGGCCAGCAGGCGCCAGCGGGGCCCCGCGUGGAGCCGGCCUCUCCCGCAGAGCCUUCCUUGUUUUAGAGGAAGCGGAGGAGGCAGGGCGGGCCGCCACCCGCAGCCAGCGGGCCUC